ACAAGGACCGAGUUUUGUCAAAUCAUUUAUAAGCGAAGAAAAGUAAAAAAAAAACUAAAUUUCGGGGCUGGAGCUAUUUCACACGACCGAAACUAAAACUGGGGAUUACCCUGUACAGAUGCUGUUCGUGAAAAUCGUCUAACAAGUGUAGGAAAGCUUAUGGAAGGUACAAGGUUCAGCCUAUUUCACUCCUCUAAAGUACAAGGUACAACUGAGCUCGCCCAUAUAAGGAGCCACAUAGCCGAAAUUAAUGCAUCUUGCUUUGAGAGUUAGAGCAAAGACGAUCACUUUAAAGGCUCGCGGAACAUAAUAAAUAAAUAACAUCACGCAUUAGUGGAAAGAAAAGAGACCUCUGCGACUGAGGACGGAGCACCCUUUAUCUCUGACAGAAGUUCAUUCCGGUGGCUACAGUCACGCAGCGCUGUCCGUCAGAAAGGGUGAACACAAAUUUUCAUUACAUGUGUGGGACCUGUUUAGUGUGUUCAGAGCGACAGAAAAAGGACAGUCAUUUACCCAUGAUCAAGAUAAUGAGCAGCUUAUGUAUUGCCUGGCCAGACUAAUAAGAGUACAAUUCGAAUCGUGUUUUAAAUAUCAGACGUCAAAGAAGCUAGCAAGGAAAUAACAUCAGUUACACCGUCUAUCAGUAAAUACAAUUGGCAAGGAUCCAACAUGUCAGAUGAAAUUCCUUUGCGAACCCAGCAGUCAUGUACUGAAGACGAAUAUUACAAAAUACAUGUGUUUAGCUACGCACGGCCAGCCACAAAUGGCGGUACAGGGUCACUUAAACAACUGGUUUUGUCUAUCACAAAAGCCUUGGAAGAUUCUGGGCAGUUAGAUAUAAUACAGAAGCAGCUUGAUCAAGGUAUGGUCAACGUACGGUCUGUAUACACAGAUAGUUUUCGUUGGAGGAAAAGUGAGGGUACCAGGCUUCUUGCACAAUUAAUCAUGGGAGAUUUCCAAGCUGAAAAGAAGGUCGACAGACGUAAAAUCGAAGAAAUGAAACUUGGGGAGAAUUUUGUUUUUACCUUGCCCAAGAGUAAUGCGUCUUUCAUGACAGUGGAGGCAACACUAAUGAACGAGAGCCGAGAUAUCAUUUUUCAAGCGAGAGAGUUGGACCUGGAGCUUUCAACUAAUUAAUAUCAGAAUACAAGCUCCAGAAAGAAAAAAUACUCCAUGUUUCGCCUAAUUCGUCAAGUAAGUGUCAUCCUUGUUUUUGAAAAAAAAAAUACAUUUAAAUAUUUCUUGAAUCCUGAAAGGAAGCAGGUAUGCUUACACGAGUGAUCAGUAAAAGAAGUACCGAAAAAAGAAAGUCUAGUGUUCAUACGAGACAACGAAGAGGGACAAGCGUACAGUAAAAAUUCCAGGUAAUUCGCGAGGUUAUUGUCAAGAACAUAAGAACUAGCCCUAGCGAAGUUAUUUUUGAGCAGUACCGCACAAAGAGCGUUCAGCUUAUGUGAACAAAAUACUCUAUUCCAAAGUCUUUUGGGCAUAGCCUUUUGCAAGAAGAAAGUCAACUCCGCUAACUUCAUUCUUCGUGCGGUAAGGAUUUUGAAGAUGAAACAGUUUAAGCGGAAAAAAAAGUGGAUUUCCAAGUUCUAAAAAAUAUCUUGAUGAAGAUACCAAUACUUUUGAGGCAGAAAGAAAAGUUGGCAGUAAAAUUGUUUGGCAUUUUUGAGGAUGAAUUUAAUUGAAUGUGGCAAGAUUUAAAUUAUUCCACUCGAUGUACAGUUGAAAGUUUAAAGAGGAUCAUAAUGAUAAGAACUGCAAUUGAUGCAAAUGUACAGUAAAUGUACAGUAAACAUAAGUACGACCUUUAGGUCAUAUUUAUAGCUAUUUAAGUUGGGGCAGUUGUUUAAGACAAGCCUUGGUCUUAAUGUAAUUGUAGCACCCCAUGUAUGUCAAUUAAGAUGCCAAAGCAUCAAAUUCUUUAAAGAAAAGACUAGUAAAGGUAAUGUGGUCUUCGGCAAAUGAAAUGUUUAUGGUGAGUUCUUGUUACAACAAACAAUUACCAAGGUACAUGGUAGGCAAGGUGCCUCUACUCCAAUAUGAGUAGGAAAUAGGAAAUUAUAUUUAUUUCUUAUUACAAGUGAAAGGAAUUUGUUCAUGGGUGGUCAAUUUAAUAAAUUCAAAUUGCAGGAUUUCACCACAUUAAACACUUGCUAUCUUUUACACAUCAAAUGUGUCUUAUGUAUUGUGUAGUGGCAUACUAAAAAAUCCAACAGAAAUGAAGCUGGUAGCACAUAUUAUUAACAAAGAGACGCCAUGUACACAGAGAAUGUAUUAACAAAAGGAGCUAUUUAGUGGAGUUUUUUAAAAUAUAGUGAAAAUUUAUUCAUUUCAUCUGAUGAAGCAAACAGUGCUUUUAAAGAAUAACAUUGUAUAUACAUUUAGGAGUUACAUUUGAGUUCUUUAAUCGAUUCUUAGACUAGCAACAAUGAGCUGUGCGUCCAGUUAGUUGAAAUAGAUUAUUAACUUAAUGCUACAGCAAACAUUUUACAAAAAUUAAGUUCUUCACCAAACUUCUUCCUUCUUCAUUCAAUAUUACAUGUAUGUUCAACAAAAUUUUUUAUUAAAAGAGAAUCAAUCUCAUUCCUUUUACCAAAGUUUGAAUGUGUUUCUAUUAAUUUAUGUAAGAAAGAUUAUUUAUAGAUCACUGAGCACUAUUCUAUUCACUGGAGUGUGUUGGCUUAACCUGUUAACCUUUUCCAAGAUCUGAUUGUUAAUUCUCUCCUCUAGCUGCUACACAUUCCCUUCUAAGUUAGUUGCAAGAAUUUAGCGUUAGAUCAA